AUGUCCACGCCCGACAAUGCACAUGACACCCUUUUCGGAAGCGAGCCUGGCCAAAUACCAGACGCUGUGUCCGGGAUUCCACACUGUGAAGAUCCGUCUAGGUCAACCGAGUUAGAGACCAAGUAUAAGACCGUCGUCGCGUGGUAUGCGCGUAAGGCUCAGCAGGCGGUUUCCCAACCUCCGGCAAAGCGGAGGAAGAUGGCAGCACCAUCAUGUGAUAUCUGUCACUUGGCGCUACCACGUCCAUUCGUAUGCCUCUCUUGCUCCUUCGCAGGAUGUUGGGCAGGGGAGCACAUUACUUCUCACCUCGCUGACUCCCGCCACCCGUUCUGUGUUGACACGAAGUCAGGCUCUCUGUUUUGUUCGCAGUGCAAUAAUUUUGUCUACAAUGUCAUGUUCGAAGACUUGUACCUGUCCACGAUACUUCUGGUGGAGGAACAGCAGACGCGUUUUCAGGUAUCUAAGCGGACACGCGAACCGUACCAGCCAUGGGCACCAAACAACGAGGAGGCAGCUUUCCUAAAAAAUACCACCGUCCUCCCAUGCCAAGGCUGUCGUGGUCUACUAAAUCUUGGACAGACCUGCUUUCUCAAUGUUAUCCUCCAAUCGUUCAUUUACAACCCUCUCCUCCGCAACUUCUUUCUCGGAGAUCGGCAUAAUAGCCGACUUUGCAAGCAUACGGAUUGUACUUGCUGCGAGAUGGACGGUUUAUUUACAGAAAUUUAUUCAUCCUCUACAACACCUUUCGGCCCGACCUCAUUCCUCGCUACAACAUGGAAAGUAUCAGCCGAAAUGUCAGGAUACGCACAGCAAGAUGCCCACGAAUUCUUCAUUACCGCACUCAACCAGAUUCAUGGGACAUGCCGUGGAUCGACAAACAUCUCGUGUAAUUGCAUCGUGCACCAGACAUUUGCAGGGCAGCUACAAAGCGAGGUAACCUGUGAGCGGUGUGGUAAUGUCACCCGCACCGUGGAUCCAAUGCUGGACAUCAGCCUCGAACUGAGAGAUCCGGGGAUAGAAAAGGAGAUCACCCUUGCUGGGUGCUUGCGCAGGUAUACGAAGCCCGAAAAACUGGGAAGAGAAUACAGCUGCACAAAAUGUGCUAAGGCAACGCACGAGGCAGUCAGGCGACUCAGCAUUCGCAAACUCCCACCUGUCCUGAGCUUCCAAUUCAAGCGCUUCGAGCACAAGACAGUCUCCAAAGGUGUGCCGCAGAAGAUCGACACGCCUGUACGGUUCCCCGUAGCGAUCAACAUGGCACCCUAUACCACUCUCGCAACGUCCAGCAACGGCGAAACCACAAGCAGGUAUCCAGGGCCGGAUGCGAUGUAUGAAUACGACCUUUUUGCAGUCAUCAAUCAUGAAGGCCAGAUGGAGAAUGGGCAUUAUACCAACUUCGCGCGGUUUCAGGACGAGUGGUAUCGUUUCGACGAUGAGAAGGUCACCCUCUCUAGUCUAGGCACUUGUCUGAACUCUAACGCCUAUAUGUGUUUCUACGUCAAACGUCACCUCGAUUAUAAGCCGUAUAUGAAGCCGACGUACCUCGUCGCCCGCGAGAACGACAUCGUACGGGAGCAGGAGCAGGAGAAAAUGCGUGAAUUGGCACGUAUGAAAGAGGUUGACGACGCCCUGAUGGCCACGAUCGCUGGAGACUGA